CCAUGCAUUGGAGCAAAAUCUGCUUCAGGCUCUUAGCAGGCUCUUAAGUCUGACAUGACACAUAAAUAGUGUAGAAUAAUGCUGAAUAGUGUAUAAAAGUCUAAGGCAUUGGAGUUGCUCUUAGUCGGCUUAUAGCUUAUAAGUAAGGGAUUGCUAUGAGAGUUUAGGCAUCUAGUAUAUAGCCGACGAUGAAGGCGACCAAAGAACGAUCAGGACCAAAGGGGAGCAAAAACAAACCGAAGCCGGCAUGACCUGCGGUCAGUGAGGAAGAUUUGGAUGAUUUGGGCAUUACUACGAGGUCGAGAGCAAAACGCAUAUGGAAGCUGGGCAAAGAACUGGGUCUAGUGUAUGGUGGUUCUGAGGAGGAGGUUAUGAUCAGUGGUUUGGAACAACAGUUGCUUGAGAAUCAUCCAGAGGCCGCAAAUUGAGUUAAAGGUAGUGAUGACAGAUUCCUGGGGGACAUAAUGUGGGCACGGGUUUCAUGGAGGUCUCGUGUUUUGGUGGCCAGCGUUGCCUUGUUCAGCUUUUGCUGAUUUUCUGAAAUUUUGCGGAUGGAUCCGCGCAAGGUGGUUGUGGAUUUUUAGGAUAACAAUGAAGGAUUUGUGGCUGGGUGUUAUGGAGAUCAAGACUGUUCCAUGGGAUCCUGGAGGAUAUUUUUACUUUUCAGUGACAGAUUGGUGGUGGAUUUUCAGAUUUCACAAGUGGUUGCUUUUAUAUUCACCGUACAAGAAAACAAAGUGCAGACCCAAAACUUGAAGAAAUAUCAGCAGCAGUGUGGUGGAUCUUUGGAAUUAUUGUUCAAUUCUAUAGUGUGAAUUCAGUCCUUCACCUUGAGGACAAGGUGAAUCUUCAGGGGUGGAGUAUUGUUAGGAAGAGGACUCCCAACAAAUACAUCUGUUCGGAACAGACACAUCCGUUCAGGAACAGAUACGUCCAUUUGGGAAUAGGCACAUCUUCGCCAACAGACGCAACCAUUUGGUGAACAAUUACAUCUAGUUAGGAGUAGUUAUGGUGUAUCUAUAAAUAAGGAUCAGAUCUAAAUGAUUUGGUUAUCCUUGGGAUCAUUGGGAAAUUGGAAUUUGGGACUUGGGAGAGAACUGGACUCUCAAAUUUCUAGUGUUUAUGUAAUUAAUUCUAUCUAAUUUUCUGGUUCCUAUCAGUAUCAGCUACCACAUCAGUAAGCUUUAAUAAACAAAUCAGCAUUUCAACUGCACAAUCUGGCAGUCCAAUUGAGGGGAAGUUGAUACGUGAGGAAACAGAGAAGAGUUCAAUGAAGACCCCAUUUCUUCUCACAAUGGUUCAUCUUGGUUGAAGAAAGGGGAAGAUCAUAUACAAGUCAUGUGACCGUCUUACGUUUGUGAUGCUGUGGGUAAUAUUGUGGGUUCUGUUCGUAUGGUACUAGAUAGUAAAUUUUUGUCCCGCCCACUCCAAGCUGUAGGGUUAGAUGUUCGUGCUGAAGAUUUAAUUGACAGAUUUGGAAUGAGGAGAACAACAGUUAGCUUUGUUGGAAUAUGGGGAAAGGGAGGAAUUGGUAAAACAUCCAUUGCCAAAGUCAUUUACAACAACAUUUUCCACAGUUUUGAGGGUUCAAGUUUCCUUGCAAAUAUUAAGAAUGUAUGGAAGCAGGAUAAUGGUGACGAUUAUCUACGAAAACAACUUCUUUCUGACAUCAAUAAUACAACAGACAUGUCAGUAGGUAGCACUGAAAUGGAGAAAAUGUUAUCUCACAAAAGGGUACUUGUAGUACUUGAUGAUGUGAGUCAGCUAGACCAACUGAAAUCUUUAUGUGGAAGUCGUGACAGGUUUGGUGUUGGGAGCACAAUACUGAUUACAACCAGAGAAAAGCAAGUACUUGAUCUCUUUGAAUUGGACGUUGUAUAUGAAAUGAAGAAAAUGGACACAAGUAAAUCACUUGAGCUUUUUAGUUGGCAUGCAUUUAAGCAUUAUAGUCCUCCUAAUGAUUUGAUCCAACUCUCAAGAAAAGCAAUUUAUUACUGUGGAGGACUGCCACUGGCUCUCGAAGUUUUGGGUUCGUUGUUACAUGACAGAACAGCGUCAGAGUGGGAAUGUAUAUUGAAGCUGCUUAAUAGAAAUCAAAGUAAUGAGGUACUAAAUGUCCUAAAACUGAGCUAUGAUUUUCUUGAUGAUGAUAUUCUUGAUGAUGAUGAGAAGAAAAUAUUCAUUGAAGUUGCUUGCUUCUAUAUGGGAAAGGACAGACACAAUAUCACACAAUUAUUGGAUAGCUGCGGACUUGCUGCCGAAACUGGGAUAUGUAAACUUAUUCAACGGGGCCUUCUAAAGGUUGACCAGAAUAACAAGCUUGAAAUGCAUGAUUUGGUGCAAGAGAUGGGAAUAGAACUGAAUCGUUUGAAGCCAAAAUCUAAAUGGGUCCAUGAUGUGUUCCUGAGCUUUCGAGGUUCAGACACUCGCAGGUCUUUCACUUCUCAUCUCUAUGCCGCUUUACAAAAUGCUGGUAUUGAGGUUUACAUGGAUGACAAACUGAAAAGGGGAGAAAAUAUCUCAUCCUCGUUGUUGCAAGAAAUUGAAUGCUCUAGAGUUUCUAUAAUCAUUUUUUCAGUAAACUAUGCAAAUUCAAGAUGGUGCCUACAAGAGUUGGAGAAAAUCAUGGAAUGUCAUAAAACUAUUGGUCAAGAAGUUGUACCUGUAUUCUAUGAUGUGGAACCGUCCGAAGUACGCAACCAAGUUGGAUCUUUUGGAAAAGCACUGGAAGAACUUGUACAAAAAACCUCAGCUACGAAAGAAAUGAUUAUCAGAUGGAAAAGAGCACUCGCUGAAGCUGCAAACUUGUCCGGGUGGAAUCUAAAUAGUUACAGGACUGAAAUUGAGAUGAUUGGUGAUAUUCUUAAAACUGUUACUGCAAGACUAGAUGACAGUGCAUACUUGGUUGUUGCUGAUCACCCAGUGGGAGUGGAAUCUCGUGUGCAGGACAUGAUUCAAUUAUUAAGUGGUAAAUCAAAUGAGGUUCGCAUAGUAGGAAUCUUGGGAAUGGGAGGAAGUGGUAAAACAACCAUUGCCAAAGCCAUUUACAAUGAAAUUAAUCAGAAUUUUGAAGGCAAAUGCUUCCUUCCAAAUAUAAGGGAAGCUUGGGACCAACAUGAUGGCAGAGUUGCUUUGCAAGAACAACUUCUUUCAGGCAUCUUAAGAAAUAGAAGGAUGAAAUUACAUAGCAUUGAAUUAGGAAAAGCAAUAAUAAAGGAACGUCUUUGCCACAAGAGGGCACUUGUUGUACUUGAUGAUAUAAAUAGUUUGGACCAACUAAAAGCUUUGUGCGGGAGUCGUGAAUGGUUUGGUCAAGGAAGUAGGUUAAUCAUCACAACUAGAGAUGAGCAUUUACUGAAAGUUCUUCAAGUGGUUCAUAUAUACAGAACCCAAGAAAUGGAUGAAAGUGAGUCUCUUGAGCUUUUUAGUUGGCAUGCAUUUAAGCAAGUUGCUCCACCAGCAGAUUUCAUUGAACUCUCAAGAAGGGUUGUUGCUUAUUCUGGAAGACUACCGCUAGCCCUUGAAGUUCUUGGCUCUCAUUUGUUUGAAAGGGAAAUUGCUGAGUGGGAAAGUGCAUUGUCGAAACUUGAAGUUAUUCCCCAUGGUCAAAUUCAAAAAAAAUUAAAAAUAAGCUAUGAUGGUUUAAGCGAUGAGAUGGAGAAAGAUAUAUUCCUUGAUAUAUGUUGUUUCUUCAUAGGUAAGGGCAGAAACUAUGUUACACAGAUUUUAGAUGGAUGUGGACUUCAUGGGGAAAUUGGAAUUACUGUCCUCAUUGAGCGAAGCCUUUUAAAAGUUGACAAGAAUAAUAAGCUUCAAAUGCAUGAUUUGCUCAAAGUAAUGGGAAGAGAGAUUGUACGUGAGAUGUCACCAAAGAAUCCCGAGAAGCGCAGCAGGUUAUGGUUUCAUGAUGAUGUUGUUGAUAUGAUGACAAACAACACUGCAACAAUAGCUGUCGAGGGACUGGCUUUAAGUUUACCAAAAAACAAUGAUGAUGUUGUUUUUGGGACUAAAGCUUUUAAGAAGAUGAAGAAACUCAGAUUGCUUCAACUUGGUCAUGUAAAACUUACUGGAGAUUUUGAAUAUUUCUCGAAAGACUUGCGUUGGCUCUGCUGGCCUGGGUUUCCUUUAAGAUACAUGCCUGGGAACUUUUGUCUUAAAAAAUCAGUUGCUAUUGACUUGAAGCACAGCAAUCUGCAAUUUAUCUGGAAGGAGCCUCAGUUGCUUGAUAGGCUGAAAUUCCUCAAUCUGAGUCAUUCCCAUUACUUGACACAUACACCUGAUUUUUUAAGACUACCAAAUCUUGAAAAGUUAAUGCUGAAAGAUUGUCCAAAAUUAUUGAUGGUUCACCCAACAAUUGGAGAUCUUAAAUAUCUUAUCCUGCUAAAUUUGAAGGACUGUAAAUCCCUCAUUGACCUCCCAAAAAGUGUCUAUAAGUCGAAAUCUCUGAAAUCUCUAGUUCUUUCCGGCUGUUCAAAAAUUGACAAGUUGGAAGAGGACAUCAUGCAGAUGGAGUCAUUGACAAAUCUAGAGGCAGAUGACACUGCUAUCACACAGGUUCCCGAUUCUCUAAUGAGAUUAAAAAAUAUCAAACAUGUGUCUCUGUGUGGCUAUGAAGGAUUAUCAAGUCAUGUAUUUCCUUCUCUAAUUUUGUCUCUAAUGUCUCCACGUAAUCUUAUGUGUAAAGUUUUUGGGAGCAUUUCAUCAUCACUUCAAAGUCUUUCAGUUGGUUUAGCUAGCAUGAAUCCUGCAGAAAUGGAAUUAAGACCAAGAACACCUCAGAUAACAUAUACAGAAACUCACACAUCAAUUGAUUUUCAGAUCUCCAUUCACACUGCAAAGUCUGAAAACUUGACAAGUUCUCUUGUUAUUCAAUCAGGAGAGUGCAGCAAAGCUAAAGCCACUGAUAGUGAUUCUUUUACAGAGAGUAUUUCUCAGGGAUGGACUAGUGAUGGAUCCGGUGACUGUGACUGUUCUUUUCCUGGUGGUGACACUAAAUGGCUAACCUUCAAAAGUGAAGGUUCGUCAUUGUUUUUUAAAAUGCCUGACACUGGUAGCAGGUUGAAAGGAAUGACUCUCCAUAUUAUAUGUUCCUCUUCCCCUGUGAACAUGGCUUCUGAAUGUGAUAUUCUUAGCGUCUUGAUAAUGAAUCACACAAAGAACAUCAUUCUGUCCUACAACCGAGGCACAGCAUCUUCCUUCAAAGAUAUAGAAUGGCAAGGAUUUUUGUCAAAUCUUGAACCUGGUAAUGACGUGCAGGUUGUCGUAGUUUUGGGGCAUCCAUUUACUGUGAAGAAGACAAUAGUCCAUGUAAUAUAUGGUGAAUCAGCUGAUGACAUAAUUAUGGAGUAUUCUUCAGCCAUUCCUGCACCAGGACGAAAAAGGAUGCUAUAAGAAGUCUGGACCGGUUGAGGCAUACUAGAGGAAUCAGAACUGGAGAAAUCUUGGGGCAUUUUUCAUUGGCAACCUGGUGUUUAUAUGCUCAUCAAGCACAAGUUCUGGCUAUUUUAUCAGGCUCUCCUUCUCUGCAGGCAGUUCUCUCUCCACCAUGUUAUGAUUUUGAGUGCUUCCUCUUUGGCUUUGGGUUGGGUCAAUUGUAAACUGAAUCGACCAUUAGCUUUGCUUAAUGAGUUGAAUUUGAUUGAUUUUAUCAUGAGGGAGGUGGGCUGUUUUGGGGUAGCUCACAUCUUUGGAGAAUCCAACUGGCUUCUAAGCCAAGUGAUCUUGUUAUAUCCUAUAUUCUGGGACUCUUGGGAUAUUUAAUCACCUGUUUUAAUAUAAUAUAAUAUUUUCUCUUUAAAAAAUUGUAGUUCGAACUUGGAAAGCAGAUAUAAUUCAAAGAUAUUGCGGUUA